AUGGAAAGUAUUACAAGUCGACCAGCUCGGCUCCGAGCCGAGCAGUACGCGUCCCAUCCCGUCUUGCCCGAGGGCAGUAUGGCGGUGGUCAUGUCUUGUUGGGAUGGGGUCUUGUCAUGGGCGAUUCCGUAUAUUGUGGCUUUUGAUAGGGCAAUGCUUAGGAGCCGAGGCCGAGCUCGUAGGUGA